AUGGCAUAUACCAAAGUCGCCUCGUUGUUGGCUGUUGUCGGUUCCGCAAAGUAUGUGAACGGUGCUAUGAUACGGGCACCGACGCCUGCUGUCACGCCCGCCCCUGCUGCAACAGCUGCAGCACUGGCUGUUAGGGAUAUUACUACCAUCGGGUACAUAUCUACGGGCACAUAUGGCUCGACUACGCUAUAUGAGACCAUCACUGCAAAUAACGAGGGUCAUGUCAUCGCAACAUCAGGUAGCCUUUACAAGAUUUGUGCGCCAGAAUCCCUUUGCGAGUUCUUUUCUUGUGAGAGCGAUUACGUCGUGUACCCGACCACAUCAAUUUUCUGUGGAGGCUCAAGUUCCACUUGCAGCUACUGGGAGCUGGCAACCGACAUCAACGACCCUUCACCAUUGACCAACUACUGGUGUGAUGCUAAAACGGAAACGGGAGGAAAGAUCUUGAUGACCACCCCAGAUGACGACACAUCAACCUCCCCUAACACUGGCUUAUCCUCGAAUACCCCAGUCUCUCUGUCCUUCACUCCACUCUCACGCACCGCUUCCGCUCGUCCCUCAGAUGCGCCACUUGACGUUACACCUUCCUCUGGCAACGAAGAAUCCAAUGAAUCCGACAAAUCUAACAAAUCCAAGAAGUCAACCCCAGUAGGCGCGAUUGCCGGUGGAGUAGUCGGCGGCGUCGCUCUUCUAGUCGCUGCAGUCCUCGGAGUCUUCUUCCUUCUUCGCCGCAAGAAGAAGCAACAGAACAACACCACUGUUAACAACAACAUGCACCAGCCACCCACUGCACCCCAAGCCCCACCAGCCGGUGUUCAAUACUACCACGAGCAGAAGCCCGUCCCUCAGCAACACAUGCAGCAGAUGCCUUCUCCACCUCCCCAACACCAACAGCACUACGGCCAUUACGAUCCGAACGCACAACAACCAGCGCAACAGUUCUACGACCCCAACGCUCAGUCUGCGUAUGCUGCGCAGCAGGGCGGCUAUGCGAUGCCGGAGAAGACGCCGGGUGUUGUGAAUCCUAUGCAGGCGAACCCGCACUAUGCGGAUGGGCCAGUGAGCCCUGUACCCCAGUACUCACCGGCUGCGUCGCCGCCAGUUCCAGCGACUAUUAAUGAGUUGCCGAGUGGGAGGAUGUGA